GCACGUUAGCAAGAAGAACGGAUGGCAGUGGGAGUUUACUCGCUCGCCUAUGCAUUCUCAGAAGGCUGCUCGAUCUGCGGCCCCUUUUCCUGCAUCUUUUCUUCAUGCAAAAGGCAUGGAUCUGGGCCUGUUCCAGUGAAAGCAAGAUAUACUUCACGUCGGAAUUGAAAAAGGAAAAAGUUUCUUCCAGUCCGCAAAUGGCACAGAAAGAGAAGCUACAAAGUCUGAAAGAUUUCCACAAGGACACACUGAAGCCUUCGCCAGGGAAGAGCCCAGGCACUCGACCGGAGGAUGAGGCAGAGGGCAAGCCUAUCCAGAGGGAGAAGUGGGCCAGCAAGUUAGACUUUAUCUUGUCUGUGGCCGGAGGCUUUGUCGGUUUAGGGAACGUGUGGCGCUUCCCGUACCUCUGCUAUAAGAAUGGUGGAGGUGCGUUUCUCAUCCCCUACACCAUCUUCCUGUUUGGUGGAGGCCUGCCGGUGUUCUUCCUGGAGGUGGCUCUGGGCCAGUAUACCUCUGAGGGAGGCAUCACCUGCUGGGAAAAACUCUGCCCCAUCUUCACCGGUAUUGGCUACGCCUCCAUUGUGAUCGUCUCUCUCCUGAACAUCUACUACAUAGUGAUUCUAGCCUGGGGACUCUACUACCUAUUCCAGUGCUUUCAGCCGGAGCUGCCAUGGGCCAAAUGCAAUCAGCCAUGGAACACAGCCCGGUGUGUGGAGGACACAUUCCGCAAGAACAAGACCCUGAUGCUUGCUGCCAACAUCACCAACUUCACCUCCCCCGUCACUGAGUUCUGGGAACGCAACGUGCUGAGCAUCUCUUCUGGGAUCGACGACAUCGGCCCCCUAAAGUGGGACCUAGCCCUAUGUCUCCUGGCAGUAUGGAUUGUCUGCUUUUUCUGCAUCUGGAAGGGAGUCAAGUCCACUGGGAAGGUGGUGUAUAUCACAGCAACUUUCCCUUUCAUCAUGCUUAUCGUGCUGCUGGUGCGUGGAGUGACUCUGCCAGGGGCAUCCGAAGGGAUCAAAUUCUAUCUCUACCCCAACAUGACCCGCCUACAGGACCCAGAGGUGUGGAUCGACGCGGGAACCCAGAUAUUCUUCUCUUACGCUAUCUGUCUGGGGGCUAUGACGUCACUGGGGAGCUACAACAAGUACAAAUACAACUGCUACAGGGACUGUUUGCUGCUGGGAGGCCUGAACAGCGGUACCAGUUUUGUGUCUGGCUUCGCAAUAUUUUCCGUCCUGGGCUUCAUGGCACAAGAGCAAGGGGUGGACAUUGCCGAUGUGGCAGAGUCAGGUCCUGGCCUGGCCUUCAUUGCUUACCCUAAGGCUGUGUCCAUGAUGCCCAUGCCCACGUUCUGGGCCAUCCUAUUCUUCAUCAUGCUUCUGCUACUAGGCCUCGACAGUCAGUUUGUGGAAGUGGAAGGACAGAUCACCUCCCUGGUGGAUCUGUAUCCAUCCGUCCUAAGGAUUGGUUACCGCCGUGAGAUCUUUAUAGCUGUGAUGUGUUGCAUAAGCUAUCUUCUGGGACUCACCAUGGUAACAAAAGGUGGCAUGUAUGUGUUUCAGCUCUUUGAUUACUAUGCAGCCAGUGGUGUGUGCCUUUUGUGGGUUGCAUUCUUUGAAUGUAUUGCCGUAGCCUGGAUUUAUGGUGCUGAUAAUUUCUAUGAUGCAAUUGAAGACAUGAUUGGCUACCGACCUAACCCGUGGAUGAAAUGGAGCUGGACAUUUAUCACUCCCGUCCUCUGUGCGGGUUGCUUUAUUUUCUCUUUGGUGAAGUACAAGCCCCUGACCUAUAACAAGGUGUAUGAGUACCCAGACUGGUCUAUUGGCCUGGGCUGGUCUCUGGCCCUCGCCUCCAUGAUCUGCAUCCCCAUGGUAAUGGUCAUCAAGAUCCUCCAGUCCGACGGACCACUUAUAGAGAGGAUUAAGGCAGUGGCGGCCCCAGUAAAGGGAGGUGCGAGUUCUCGCCCCAAAGAUUACAGCGUGAAGGGCAGCGAGCUUACCCGGCCUCUGAACCCCAAUGGGGACAACAUCCUGAUCAAGCCCACCCACACCAUUGUAGAAACAAUGAUGUGAGCACUCUCUGUGAGAGGAAAUACUGAUUGGCGUGCUGUCUACGUUAUUAUCAUUUAUUUGCUAACUUUGAUAGUGGUAGAACCAGGUUUACAUUGUUCUAUAUAUCCGCACUAGGAAUAUUCUGGUUUGGUUUCUAUGAUGAUGAUUGAGUUAUAUAUAUAUAUAUAUAUAUAUAGAUAUAUAUAUACUGUAUAUAUAUAUAUAUAUACACUGUAUAUAUUGCUGUUGGGUUGUUUUUUAUCUUGGUAAUUUUUUAUCAUAUUGUUGUUGUUACCGUUUUUGUUGGUGAUGUCAGUUUGGGCAGUAUUUUGACAUGACAUGAACAUGUUCUAUGUUAACUACCUUUCUGUUGAUUGUGGAACAUUUUCACUCAACAAAAAUACAGUAAACUGAAUGUGUAACUAAUCGUGUAACAUGUUAGGUAGCAAACUAUUAAGAUAAUAUCCUUAUGUUAUUGUGGCAGUAUCCUUGUCCGAGGUCAUUUGCAAUCUGCUGUCGACGCCAUUUGUUGUGAGAUGCAACUGAAUGAACCUUCUUUGCGCAAGCGACGGACGCUAGCCACUCACACCUGCUGGUAGAGUAGCCAUCUGUACCACCUAGGAUGAACAAGCGUUGGGCCAUUAACCAAAAGGUUGUUGGCUCGAAUCCCUGAGCUGACUAAGUGAAAAAUCUCUCAGCGUGCCCUCAAGCAAGGCACUUAACUCUAAUUGCUCCAGUAAGGCGCUCUGGAUAAGACCUAAAUGAGUCAAAUAUAAAUGUAACAUGCUGUGUAGAUAUAGUAGUUCAUAGGUAAGUCCUUAUGGCCAAAUACUGUACAAAAUGUUCCCGGAAGGAUAAGGUGUUCCUAGGAGGGAGGUGAGGAAGUGAAGGAGAAAAGGGAUGAAGCAUUUUAAGAGUAUUUGUACAUUGCCUAAGACCGUCACAGUCAGUCCCGGUGCAUUUAUUGAAACCUCUUUUUGCACUUUGCAACGUUGAGUUUCACCGUUAUUUUAGUGAUCUGUUACGAAAAUUGUCACAAAGAACCUGCAGUUACAUUUGCAACAUUCAUUUCAAAAGAAACACAAUAUAGCUUCACACCUUUGUGAUGUUAUUCAUAUCUAUCCGUUCAAACAUGAGCAUUAUACUGUCACUCACUUGCUAUAAAUAUAAAAUAUAAAAUAAAGGUGGAACAUUGCCAUGCACCAUUCUGUCUCUCUAUGCCUAAACCUGCAAUAGUUGUGAGAACCAUCAUUUUAUUGGAGCCCCAAAAAAUUACCUUGACAAAAUGAUUUCAAGAAUGUUUUGAAGUAAUAGUUCUUUCUCCAGUGAUCUCAUUUUAAUAGCAGUAACGGUCAGUAAAUAACUGUAUCAUACAACAUAUCCAUCAGACUCAAUUGUAUUUUAGUAUUUUACUUGUUUGUGAAUCACAUAUGCCUUUUUGUAUUAAGCAUUUUAUACUGUACAGCAUAUGAACACUGUCACUGAUGACCUAUUUCUUCUGAAUACAGUCAACAAUUCACAUUUAAUGUUAUGACCCUGAAUGAAAUUUGUAGUGUGCAAUAUUCAUCAAAUAAAAUGGCCUUUCCCACUCAAAUUAUUUCAGUUUGAAAACAGAUGUAAAAAUACUAAACAUGAUAUGUGACCAACAUACAUUUGAACGUCUAAAGUGAAAGUGAGAUUCCUUAACCCAAAGCACCUACAUGAACAUCCACAGUACAGUGCUUGGUCAACCAAAUUCCUUGUCCAGAAUUUUUUUUAAUACCUGUUGGAAAAUCAAGUGUAUUUUUUUGUCUAACAUCCAUCCCCCUUUGAGAUGCACCUUGCACCAUCUCUUCCUGGAUUGAAAAUAAACAUUUUUUCUUUA